UCAUCAUUCGAGUUCUCUGAACUUUCGGUAAAGUUUGGUUCAUUCGCCGUGCGAAUUGUGAUUGUUUACCGCCCGCCUUGCACCAAAUCCUUUGUUAGUGAAUUCACGUCGUAUUUAGAAUCUAUUUAUUUUAUCCAUGGAACCAAUCCUGAUCGUUGGCGAUUUUAAUCUUCAUGUUGACGUAGCUGGUGAUGCAGUUGCUGGCGAUUUUCUGAAUAUUUUGGAAUCCAUGGGCCUAGAACAACAUGUAGCUGGACCUACUCACAACCACAGUCAUACCUUGGAUCUGAUAAUCACUUGUCAAUCUGAUUCGAUCAUAAAGAAUUAUCCCACAAUCGGUCAAUUCUUCUCUGACCAUACAGCUGUUCUUUGUGAUCUUAAUUCCAUAAAGCCUGAAGCAAGUGUCAAAACUGUCACCUGCAGGAACGUCAAGUCAGUUAACAUUGAAUCUUUUAAAGGUGAUCUUGCCAAAUCAGCCCUGUGUAAUGAAAACAUUGUCAAUUUAAGUCUGGAUGGCCUUGUUACCUGUUAUAAUUCAACCCUUUCGUUACUCAUCUAA